AUGGGUCACGGUCUGUACCAGGAAGACGACCUACCUAGCAACCGUCUAGCCUCAGGACUCCUGUACCGGCUGGUUGCCUACAGUGUGCUGAUCAUUUGGCUUUCUGGGCUCCAAAUGCUCCGGACAGCCUAUCCCGUCAGCGUCGACGCCUUGGCUUCCCAGACCGAAGUCAACUCCGACCCGAAGCCGGGCCUGACCAGCGUUGUCUACGAAAUGCUCGAAGAGGCUCCGGUUCCCAUGCGUCUUGGCAACUUGGUGGCCGAUUUCAAUCUCACCGAUUGGUCGCCUCAAACAGAUGUCGUCGACCCAAGUCCGGUCCUCGAGUCCCAGGGCCCCAACAUCAACCAGUCAGCUCGAGUGCCGUGGCUACAGCUUUUCCCGUCACGACAACCGGCCAGUCGGUUCUUCACGGUGCAGACGAUUGGUCCACGCGAUCUACAGUUGACGCUGAUCGAGCCGUUUGACCGCGAACAAGAAUGCCUCAGCCCAGUUGGACCGGAGUCGGACGCGAAUGGUCAGAACGUCCUGGCCUCUCCAGCCGGCACCGCCUCUUCUGCCUUCACAGACGAUUCGGGACUGGUCCACUCGACCGGAGGCGGCUUGGAAGACGCUUGGAGCCAGACGGAUCGCUGUCGAUGCUACACCAGAGCCGUGGACAAACCGGAGCAGACAGUGCAAGAUCGAGAUCCAUAUUGCGUGCUUGUCGUCACCAUAGCAGCCUACCCUUUGGAGACACGCAUGCGGUUGUUUAGCGUUCGUCUCCUCGUCCACGACAUUAACGACCAAGCGCCUCAAUUUCAACCCUCGGCCCAGUUCACCACUUCGUUCAGCGAGUCUCCGGGCGAUGUGGGAGCGCGUAAACGGCUACCGGUCGCCGUGGACGCCGACAUUGGCAGCAACGCCGCUCUUCAGUACCACUUGCAAGCGGUACCGACGAUGCCAGACCCGAGCGACGACGCCACCGAGACCUCCAACUUGACGGCACCGUUUCUGGAGGCGGGAAACUCUCUUGUCUACUUCGGUCUUCAGGUGGACCACGAGAGCGUCAGCGAGUCGACGGGAAACCGAAGCGUAACGUCCGAUCGCGUCGUCAGUCUGCAACUGGUCUUACGACGCGCUCUGGAUCGCGAGAUCGUCUCUGUGCACCGCUUGAAUGUGGUCGCUGUGGACGGUCUGGCCAGCCCGAAUAUGCACCGACACUCGAGCACCCUCAGUCUGACGGUGUUCGUCGACGACGUCAACGAUUCACCGCCCAUCUUCCAGACCGUCAACGGUCUCGCUGUCGCCGGACGGCGUCUAGAGGAGGUGAAUCUGGCGGUACGUGAAGAUGCACCGGUCGGCUGGCUGGUGGCCAAGUUGACGGCCACGGACGCCGACGUCGGCCGCAACGCCAGAUUGCACUAUCGGCUCGGCGAACGAACGGCGAUGGAGUCGAAGAAGGUGAGACAAAUGUUGAUACAGGCCUCCAUAACCCAAUGGCUAUAA